AACCCAAACAGUUCUAGAAGUGUUAAGUAUAUUUGAUUACAUCAAACGCCGAAAACAAAAACUAAAAUAAAAACUUUUAUCAAACAGCUGGGCCUCCAUCUUUCUCUUCCUCUGUUUUCUGCAUUCUGUAAUAUAGCACAGCCAGCAGGGAAGAAACCGGCAGGCGCCGGCACCGGUACCGUAAGGGAAGUGUUUGGUGAAAUCAGAAAUUCCAUCAUUAGAUUCUCAGAAUAAUAAUUAUUAUUAUUAUUAUAAUUAUCCACUUAAUAUUGAACGGGAAAACAAUUUUGGUUUAUUCAAUCGAACCGUCUUAAACAAAUUGUGAGGUUCAAUUGCGUAGAGGAAAAUCAUGGCCGCUGCAGCAGUAGCUAAUGGGAGGAAGAAAUUAGAACAAAGAGGUGCUAAAAUUGGGGUUAUUAGUGGUCCGACCAAUCCAAUGGUGACACCUCUUUUAACAGAUCUUUAUCAAUUUACUAUGGCAUAUGCUUAUUGGAAAGCUGGAAAACACAAUGAACGUGCUGUGUUUGACUUGUAUUUCCGGAAGAAUCCAUUUGGUGGUGAAUAUACAAUAUUUGCUGGGUUAGAAGAAUGCAUAAAGUUUAUUGCUCAUUACAAAUUAACUGAGGAUGAGAUAGCUUUUAUCAGGAAAUCAUUGCCCCCGUCAUGUGAGGAUGCCUUCUAUAACUACCUUCGAGGAAUUAACUGUUCAGAUGUUGAGAUAUUUUCUAUACCUGAAGGAUCAGUUGUCUUUCCCAAGGUUCCACUGAUGAGGAUUGAAGGGCCAAUUGCUGUGGUUCAACUACUAGAAACUGCACUUGUCAAUCUCAUAAACUAUGCAUCGCUAGUCACUACUAAUGCAGCAAGACAUCGUUUUGUUGCGGGAAAGUCCAAGCUGCUGCUAGAAUUUGGGCUUCGAAGAGCACAGGGUCCGGAUGGUGGUAUAUCAGCUUCGAAAUAUUGCUACAUGGGAGGAUUUGAUGCAACAAGCAAUGUGGCAGCUGGAAAGUUAUUUGAGAUCCCGCUCCGUGGAACACAUUCUCAUGCAUUCGUUAGCUCAUUUAUGGUCCUUGUAUGGAUAAGUGCACACAUUCAUGUAAAUACGCGAUUGCUUGGAGAACAAAGCCCAGAUGAGAUCACUGAAAGAUCACUUAAGCACCUUGAUAGUCCUAAGUUUUGUAAGGAUUUUGUUUGUCUGGUGAAGACGUGGCUUACUAAAUUAAAGCGGUCACGCUUAUUAGGUGGAAUUUUCAGUGAGACAAACCAAAGUGAGUUAGCAGCUUUCGCCUCAUAUGGGCUAGCCUUUCCUGGAAGCUUUUUGGCCCUUGUGGAUACUUAUGAUGUCAUGAGAAGUGGUGUUCCAAAUUUUUGUGCAGUUGCUCUUGCACUUAAUGAUUUGGGGUAUAGAGCAGUUGGCAUUAGAUUAGAUUCUGGUGAUCUUGCUUAUCAGUCAUGUGAAGCCAGGAAAUUCUUUCAAACUAUUGAAAAAGAAUUUGGAGUGCCUGGUUUUGGAAAAAUGAACAUCACAGCUAGCAAUGACCUUAAUGAGGAAACAUUGGAUGCACUAAAGAAACAGGGACACGAGGUUGAUUCUUUUGGUAUUGGAACACAUUUGGUUACCUGUUACGCACAGCCCGCUCUAGGUGUCGUUUUCAAGUUGGUUGAGAUAAAUAAUCAACCUAGGAUCAAGCUUUCUGAAGAUGUUACAAAGGUCUCUAUUCCAUGUAAAAAACGGUGUUUCAGAUUGUAUGGAAAGGAAGGAUACCCCCUUGUCGACUUAAUGACUGGUGAAAAUGAGCCACCUCCUAAGGUUGGUGAACGAAUUUUGUGCCGUCAUCCAUUUAGUGAAUCUAAAAGGGCAUACGUUGUGCCCCAGCAUGUUGAGGAGCUUUUAAAGUGUUUUUGGCCUGGAAGUUCAGAUAAAAUACGAGAAGAUCUGCCUCCAUUGAAGGAUAUAAGGGAACGGUGUAUUGAACAACUGGAGAAGAUGCGGCCAGAUCAUAUGAGAAGACUGAACCCAACACCAUACAAGGUUAGUGUGAGUGCAAAGUUGUAUGAUUUCAUCCAUUUCCUCUGGCUCAACGAAGCGCCGGUUGGCGAGUUGCAGUGAUCAAUCAAAUGAAGGAAUAGAUUUUUUGGAAGAUUCUUUUAGUGAAGCAUAGAAGGUUAAAGGAUCUUCUAAUAGCAUGUACAUCUUUUUCCUUUUCAUUUUUUCUGGGCAGUGGAGUGUAUAAGAUAUCUUGGAUGUUUUUAAUAAAGAGAAUAAAAGCCAGUUCUCCCCUUCGUUUUCA